UCUUCGUCUGGGUUCAAAAACCCUCUUGUUCACGCCUGUGAAUGUUUCAGUGUUCUUCAUCUUCUUCUCUCCUCUUCCCCUUUUGCUCUUGAUAUAGCACUAGGAAUUGGUGGACUUCCAAAGGGACGUGUUGUGGAAAUAUAUGGUCCAGAGGCUUCUGGGAAAACAACUCUUGCUUUACAUGUGAUUUCAGAGGCACAGGAGCAAGGAGGCUACUGUGUAUUUGUUGAUGCUGAGCAUGCUCUCGAUAAGGCACUUGCAGAAUCCAUUGGUGUGAAUACUGAAAACUUGUUGCUUUCACAACCAGAUUGUGGUGAACAAGCACUUAGUCUUGUGGAUACCUUAAUCUGUAGUGGUUCAGUUGACGUAAUUGUUGUUGACAGUGUGGCUGCUCUUGUUCCUAAAGGGGAGCUUGAUGGUGAAAUGGGGGAUGCACACAUGGCAAUGCAGGCUAGGUUGAUGAGCCAGGCCCUUCGGAAAUUAAGCCACUCCUUGUCAGUUUCUCCAAUGUAUAUUGAUUUUUAUAAACCAGAUUUUGGGAAGCCAGGUACUUGUCAAGGUUGUGAAGAACAAGCUUGCCCCUCCAUUUAAAACUGCUGAGUUUGAGCUUCAAUUUGGCGAGGGUAUAAAUAGAGAAUGUGAGAUCAUAGACUUGAGUGUAAAACACAAAAUCAUCCUAAAGGCCAGUGCUAUGUAUUACUUCAAUGAUAAGAAUUUCCG